AGCUGUGCGCGCUCGCUCGCAUCGCCCAACAUUGGCGAGGAUGUCGAGCAGCCCGUGAGCCCAGGCAUCCUACUGGCCCUGGUCAGCACGGAGCCGGGGGGCUGGCUGGCUCCGCGUCGGUGGCCCCCGCCGGGCCGCCCGCCCGCCGUUUUGCACUGAGCCCGGUCGGGAGGCAGCGCCAGGCUGCUGGACUCCGCUCCGGGUUUUCCCGCGCGCCGCCGCUUGUUGUCUUUGGGAGGCUGUGCUUCUCUCUCCCUCUCCUGGUGUCUGGGUUGAAAGCAAAAGCGACUGGGUCACACAGAGGCAUGUGGAGGUGGCUGCGACCGAGGAGCGGCAGCUAAGCAGGGCGGCUGGUGGAUGUGCCGCGGAGGGGCUCGGGGAGCGCAGCCCGCCGCGCCAAGGCAGGGAGCUGCCGCCGCAGCCGCUUCCUCCAGUCGGGAUCCUUCUCCGGCCCGGGCAAUGCCGCCGUUGCUGCUGCUCCUCUUCUCGCCCGCACCACUGCCUGGCCCAGCAGCGGCGCUGCAGUGAAGCGGGGGCCUCCUUUUGUUCGCCAAGUGCAUCUCUCUCUCUCUCUUUCUCCUCUGGCCCCCUUCUUUUCUUUCUCUCUUCCCCUCUCCUCCUCCUCCUUCCUUCCUCUUCCUCCCCCCUCCCUCCUCCAUGGGCAUUGCAUGUGGGAUUGAACGCAGUAGCAGCAGCAGCAGCAGCCCCCUCUUCCUUUCCUGCGUGCCCUGGAGAAGCAGCUCGAGGUCCGCCGGGGUCAGACUGAAACAGCUGCUGUGAUUGCAGGCUGGUUGCCUUGGCCCCGCAUCUCCAGGAAUUCUCCUCCUCCUUGUUGUUCUUUGCCGAGCGGAAAGUCCAAGGCUGGCUGGGAGCCUUUUUAAAACGCUGGGGUUGUUGGAGUGGUCGAAUUUUUCCUGGAAUUGAGUGAGAAAUUCAGAAGACUGAAGCCCAGGCUCACUGUCUACCUUUCACGGAGGCCCAGCCGUGAGAGGACAGAAGAAGGCACCUGGCGAAUCAUGACAGCGGACAAAGAGAAGGACAAAGAGAAAGACAAGGACCGGGACCGGGACAGAGACCGAGAGCGGGACAAGCGGGAGAAGGCACGGGAGAGCGAGAACUCGCGGCCCCGUCGGAGCUGCACCCUGGAAGGCGGAGCCAAGAAUUACGCGGAGAGUGACCACAGUGAGGACGAGGACAAUGACAACAACAGCGCCACCACAGAGGAGUCCACAAAGAAGAACAAGAAGAAACCCCCCAAGAAGAAAUCUCGCUAUGAGAGAACGGACAACGGAGAAAUCACCUCUUUCAUCACAGAGGAUGAUGUGGUCUACAGACCUGGAGAUUGCGUGUAUAUUGAGAGUCGGCGACCAAACACUCCAUACUUCAUCUGUAGCAUUCAAGACUUCAAAUUGCUCAGUGGUAGAGCACCCGCUCCGCGUGUAGGUGAUCCCAGAUUGAAUCUCCAGCAUCUGCAGAGCAAACGGGACCACCUUCUCAUGAACGUCAAAUGGUACUACCGCCAGUCUGAAGUUCCAGAUUCUGUGUACCAGCAUUUAGUUCAGGACCGACAUAACGAAAAUGAUUCUGGGCGUGAGCUGGUUAUUACCGACCCAGUGAUCAAGAACAGAGAGCUUUUCAUUUCGGACUAUGUUGACACCUAUCAUGCUGCUGCCCUCAGGGGAAAGUGUAAUAUCUCCCAUUUCUCUGACAUAUUUGCUGCUAGAGAAUUUAAAGCCCGGGUGGAUUCCUUUUUCUACAUUCUGGGCUACAAUCCAGAGACAAGGCGGUUGAACAGCACACAGGGUGAAAUCCGGGUUGGGCCUAGUCAUCAGGCCAAACUCCCAGAGCUGCAGCCGUUCCCUUCCGGAGACAGUGACACAGUGACGCAGCACGAGGAGCUUGUGUGGAUGCCUGGGGUCAAUGACUGCGACCUGCUCAUGUACCUGAGGGCAGCACGGAGCAUGGCAGCUUUUGCAGGGAUGUGCGACGGAGGAUCCACAGAAGACGGGUGUGUCGCAGCCUCCCGCGAUGACACUACUCUCAACGCACUCAACACACUACAUGAAAGCAACUACGAUGCCGGCAAAGCCCUCCAGCGCCUGGUGAAGAAGCCUGUGCCCAAACUCAUUGAGAAGUGCUGGACGGAAGACGAAGUGAAACGCUUCAUUAAAGGGCUCAGACAGUAUGGGAAGAACUUCUUCAGGAUCCGAAAAGAGCUGCUUCCCAAUAAGGAAACAGGAGAAUUGAUCACCUUCUAUUACUACUGGAAGAAAACCCCCGAAGCGGCCAGUUCCCGGGCUCACCGCAGGCAUCGGAGGCAAGCAGUGUUCCGGAGAAUUAAAACCCGAACGGCUUCCACUCCAGUGAAUGCUCCCUCCAGGCCCCCCUCCAGCGAAUUCUUGGAUCUGAGUUCAGCCAGUGAAGAUGACUUUGACAGCGAGGACAGCGAGCAAGAGUUGAAAGGCUACGCCUGCCGCCACUGCUUCACCACCACCUCCAAGGACUGGCACCACGGCGGGCGGGAGAACAUCUUGCUGUGCACUGACUGCCGCAUCCACUUCAAGAAGUACGGGGAGCUUCCCCCCAUCGAGAAGCCGGUGGACCCGCCACCCUUUAUGUUUAAGCCUGUCAAAGAGGAAGAUGAUGGGCUCAGCGGGAAGCAUAGCAUGAGGACAAGGCGGAGUCGAGGCUCGCAGAUGUCGACACUACGCAGCGGUCGCAAAAAGCAGCCAACCAGCCCUGAUGGUAGAGCCUCCCCCAUCAAUGAAGACAUCCGGUCCAGCGGCCGCAACUCCCCCAGCGCUGCCAGCACUUCAAGCAAUGACAGCAAGGCGGAUUCGGUGAAGAAGUCCACCAAGCAGCAGAAGAUAAAAGAGGAGGCAUCAUCUCCUCUCAAGAGUUCCAAGAGACAGAGAGAAAAGGCAGCAUCUGACACCGAGGAGCCCGACCGAAUCAACGCCAAGAAAACCAAAACACAGGAGAUCAGCCGGCCCAACUCCCCGUCUGAAGGUGAGGGGGAGAGCUCUGACAGCCGCAGCGUGAAUGACGAGGGCAGCAGCGACCCAAAGGACAUCGACCAGGACAACCGGAGCACCUCGCCCAGCAUCCCCAGCCCCCAGGACAAUGAGAGCGACUCGGAUUCGUCCGCCCAGCAACAAGUCUUGCAGGCGUCCAAUGGCCUGGCCCAGCCCACACCCGCCUCCAUCCCUGUCUCAGCGCAGCUGCCACUGCCAGCCACCUCUGGCCUCCCCUCUUCGGUGCCUCCCCACAUCUCCCCAUCCGUCUCCCAGUCAGGUAGCAGCCAGCCUCAGGCCCCAGUGCCCCCCCACUCUCACAUCCAGCAGGCCCCUUCGCUGCACCCCCAGAGGCUGCCGUCUCCUCACCCGCCGCUGCAGCCCCUGACUGUGCCCUCCAGCCAGCCCCAGCCUCCCGCCGUCCCCCAGCCCCACCCCCAGCCUCCGCUCCACAGCCAGAUCCAGCCCCUCCCUCACAACCUCCAGGCGCAGCCGCUCCUGCCUCACCCGGUCCCUGCCCAACCGUUCCCCCUCGCGCCGCAGCCUCCCCCGCUGCCUUCGUCCUCGUCUCAGUCUCAGGUCUCCCUGCAGCCCCAGGCUGUGCCCCACCCCCACGCAGCACUCCAAGUCCCGUCGGUGCAGCCCCCCUUGCAGGCGCCGUCUCCGCUGCAGCAGCAGCCCCCGCCGCCACGAGAGCAGCCCCUCCUCCCGGCCCCUUUGACCAUGCCCCACAUCAAGCCGCCUCCCACCACCCCAAUCCCUCAGCUCCCCAUGCCGCCGUCCCACAAGCAUCUCGCGGGGCCCUCGCCAUUCUCCAUGAACUCCAACCUCCCGCCACCGCCAGCCUUGAAGCCGCUCAGCUCCCUCUCCACGCACCACCCGCCCUCGGCCCACCCUCCUCCCUUGCAGCUGAUGCCCCAGAGCCAGCCGCAGCAGCCUUCCCCGGCGCAGCCCCCUGUCCUGACGCAGAGCCAGGGCCUCCCUCCCUCCGCCAGCCACUCCUCCUCCAGCCUCCACCAGGUACCUCCCCAGCCCCCUUUCCCCCAGCACCCGUUUGUCCCCGGGGGGCCGCCACCCAUCACGCCUCCCUCCUGCCCGUCGACCUCCACGCCGCCUUCCGUGCCCAGCGCCCCUCCUCAGGCAACGGGCUCCACGUCGGCAGCCUGCGCUGGGAACGUCCCCGUGGUGACGCCCUGCACGAUGCCACCCAUCCAGAUCAAGGAAGAGGCUCCGGAUGAGGCGGAGGAGCCGGAAAGCCCACCUCCCCCGCCCCGGAGCCCAUCACCAGCGCCGACAGUGGUGGACACGCCAAGCCACGCCAGCGAGUCAGCUAGGUUUUACAAGCACCUGGACCGCGGCUACAACUCCUGCGCGAGGACAGACCUGUACUUCACGCCGCUGGCAGGUUCCAAGCUGGCCAAGAAGCGCGAGGAGGCCAUUGAGAAGGCCAAGAGGGAGGCGGAGCAGAAGGCAAGAGAAGAGAGGGAGCGGGAGAAAGAGAAGGAAAAGGAGAGGGAGAGAGAGCGUGAGCGUGAGAGAGAAGCUGAAAGAGCGGCGCAGAAAUCAUCCAGCUCAUCGCACGAAGGACGUCUUGGAGAAUCCCAGCUGAGUGGCCCAACUCACAUGAGGCCGUCGUUCGAACCUCCUCCCACCACCAUCGCCGCCGUCCCCCCGUACAUUGGACCCGACACGCCGGCGCUACGGACCCUCAGCGAGUACGCGCGGCCUCACGUCAUGUCCCCCACCAACCGCAACCACCCCUUCUUCGUGCCCCUCAACCCCACCGACCCUCUGCUGGCCUACCACAUGCCCGGCCUCUACAACGUGGACCCCACCAUCCGGGAGAGGGAGCUUCGGGAGAGAGAGCUCCGGGAGAGGGAGCUUCGGGAGAGGGAGCUGCGGGAGCGGAUGAAGCCGGGCUUCGAGGUGAAGCCGCCGGAACUCGAUGCGCUUCACCCCGCCACCAACCCCAUGGAGCACUUUGCCCGCCACGGCGCCCUCACUAUCCCCCCCACGGCGGGCCCGCACCCGUUUGCAUCCUUCCACCCGGGCUUGAACCCCCUGGAGCGGGAGAGACUUGCUCUGGCAGGCCCCCAGCUGCGGCCUGAAAUGAGCUACCCGGACAGACUGGCCGCCGAGAGGAUACACGCGGAGCGGAUGGCAUCGCUCACCAACGACCCCUUGGCCCGGCUGCAGAUGUUCAACGUCACCCCGCAUCAUCACCAACAUUCGCAUAUACACUCGCAUCUACACCUCCAUCAACAGGACCCGCUGCAUCAAGACUGUUUGGCCACCCGAUGUCACUGCGAACACUCCAGACAGAGAAGCUCGGCAGGACCUGUCCAUCCCCUCGUGGACCCCUUGGCAGCCGGGCCCCAUUUGGCGCGCUUCCCUUAUCCUCCCGGCACUAUCCCAAACCCGUUGCUAGGGCAACCGCCCCACGAACACGAAAUGCUCCGGCACCCGGUCUUUGGUACCCCCUACCCACGUGACCUCCCUGGCGGCAUCCCUCCUCCCAUGUCAGCAGCCCACCAGUUACAGGCCAUGCAUGCUCAGUCAGCAGAGCUUCAGAGACUAGCCAUGGAGCAGCAGUGGCUGCAUGGGCACCCCCACAUGCACGGGGGCCACCUCCCCAGCCAAGAAGACUAUUACAGCCGACUGAAGAAAGAAAGUGACAAGCAGUUGUAAUAAAUUAUUUAUUUGUAA